GCACCAGGUGUGGCCACUAGCCUAUAUGAAGGCCCAAAAUUGUGUGUUCCUUUCUGCUCUGACAAUGGCAUGCCCAUUCGUGCGAGAUGUGGUGGAUGAAGAAGCACUUGUGCUGAGGAGAGCCUUCAGGCGAGAAAGGGUCUUCAGGGACCGGUUGGACCCACUGGCCUUCCCUGAUGACCAUCUAUAUGAAAGAUACAGGUUUUCUGCAGAUGGCAUCAGGUAUCUAUGCAGACUACUGGGUCCCAGGAUUAAGCACCGCACUGCACGGAGCCAUGCACUGAGUGUGGAGCAAAUGGUUUGUGUGGCCUUGCGCUUUUUUGCUAGUGGAGCCUUCCUGUACUCAGUGGGGGAUGCAGAACAGCUGAACAAGGCCACAAUUUGCCGCACAAUAAGGAGUGUGUGUCUGGCUAUCAAAGCAUUAGCAGAUGUCUUCAUCUCCUUCCCUGGCCACAGAAGACUCUGUGACAUCAAAGAGGAGUUCUAUAGGAUUGCAGGUUUCCCCAAUGUCAUUGGUGCAGUGGACUGCACACACAUAAGGAUAAAAGCCCCCUCAGGUGCCCAUGAGGCCGAUUUUGUGAAUAGGAAAUCCUUUCACAGCAUUAAUGUUCAGAUGGUCUGCAAUGCUGACUGUGUGAUCAGCAAUGUUGUGGCAAAAUGGCCUGGCUCAGUCCAUGACUCCAGAAUCUUUCGGGCCUCUGAAAUCUAUCACAAGGUGAAUUCUCUGGUGUGUUGCUGGGAGACAGGGGGUAUGGCUGCCAGCCUUUUCUCCUGACACCUUUCAAAGACCCCAGGAAGCACAGCAGGCCUACAACCAUGCCCAUGCCAGGACCAGGGCCAGAGUUGAAAUGACCUUUGGCCUCCUGAAGGCACGCUUUCACUGCCUUCACAAAUUAAGGGUCAGCCCUGUUAGGGCAUGUGAUAUUACUGUGGCUUGUGCUGUCCUCCACAAUGUGGCCUGCCUGAGGAAGGAGAGGGCCCCCAGAGUGCCACCAGCCAUGGACUGGGACAAUCCGGCAAUCUUCCCUGAUGACGACAGUGGUCGGCUGCUGAGGGACCAAUAUGUGUUGAAUUAUUUUAGUUAGUAUGUGUGCUUUCAAUUUUGGUUAAAUAUGUCCUGCGGUGGCAGAGGAAUUUGGUUUUUUUGGGUUCGUUUUUUGACGAAUUUGGCCUCUUAUGAUGUUUGUGCGGUAUACUGUGUGUAAUACAAGGCUGCAGGGAGGCUACUGCAUCCAUUCAUUUGUCUGUUCAGUUGAUGUGUAUGGAUUUGUCCUGCAUUUAUUUUAGUGUGCAGACAUGCAGGGUGUGUUAUAUACAGACCUUUGAAUGUGUAUGUAUCAUUUUGUAUAAUAUGCUUGGGUUCUGUGCUUUCCAUCUUGUAGAGUCACUGUGACUUCAGUUUCGAAAGGAGCUGAUGGUUUACCUGCUUUGUUUUGUCCUUAUUCAAUAAAGGAACAUAAUGUUACACAUUGUGUUUUUAUA